AUGACUGACCGUCUGACCAUGCUUCGAGAACUCAAUCACGACAUCCUGACACACAUCGUCUCCUUCCUCGAUGCGCCCUCUGCAGUCUGCUUGGCAUUGACCUGUCACCAAAAUUACGAAUCCAUCCUCUCGAUAUGUCGCCGCUCACUGCUCGAAGAUAUCUGUCCCAGAGAUGUUGGCAAGCCACUGCCUAAAAUCAUCGAUGCACAAUCAUACAACACCCUUGCCCUCGAUACAGCAGGCGAAUCCAAACCGCCAAACGAGAUACCCAACCGCUGGAUGAUCGACAAGGCCCAUGAUGGCCAAACAUCUAGCUUAUAUUAG